AUGAACAGACGUACGAACGAACGGAUGGACAUCUUAAUCUUCUCAAUAUUCCUUCUCGACAUGGCUACUUCCAAAAGAAUCAACAUGAUGUUUACAACAUGUUUACUUUGCUUGUUUGCGGUCUUCGCAGUUGUUGCAGCAAAUGCUUUAAAUAAUCAUAUCACGAUCCCUCCAAAAUGCUGUCCACCACAGCUCUAUCAGGCUAAUGUUCGACUGAUUCAAGGCCUCAGUAUCAACGGACAAGGUAUGUCCCAGCAUUUAGAUGGCCACUGGUGGUAUGAUCGACGCAAUAAAACAAACGCAUUUGAAGGAAUUAUGAUCUUAAAUGGCAAAGAGUCACAAGUUAACUUCAUACAGGACAAUGUGGCAAAGAAACAAUACAAUAUUAAUAAAGCAACGAGAACCUGUCAAGUAAUGGCACAGCCCUUUCCUCCAUUUGAUGGAUGCGUCCCCGAGGAUGCAAAGUUUAUGGGACAAGAAACUCUUGGGAGAGAUUUCAUGGUGAACACAUGGAGUGGAGAGUUACAAGGUGACACAUACAAUUUCGCCUUUGAAGAGACAUUGACUGCCGAUUGUAUCCCAGUUACAGUGACAACUAUUGGUGAAGCAAAUGCAGAAUGGGGAAAAACUGAUCUUACGUCGACUAUGCGGUUCUCCAGCUUCCAAGAAGGGAUUAAAGAUUUGAGUGUAUUUGACAUUCCUGACUAUUGUUCAAAGUAACUUUGAUUUCCAAAAGAAUAAUGAC